UCGGACUUUCAUCAAAAUCGUGCUCCGAAUUAAUAAGACUACACAUAGAUCCUCGUUUUACAUACCGGUCAAAUUCAUAAUUAACCUGUGUACAGUUAGUGGGUAACAGUUUGGCAAGCGAGGCGGAUCGCGCAGUUUUCAAGUCGAACCUAAGAAUGAGAAAUGCUGCGAAUUCACGUGAAAAUUGUCAGUACGCGAACGAGAAAAUUCUAUAAGUGAAUUUGCACGGCCUUGCGAUUUGCCAGAGCUACUCUUGUGUAUUCAUCACUUUGGCACGAUGACAAAGAUGUUCAAGACAUUGGUCUUGUGUGCUAUUGUAUUGCUUGUCGGUGUUGUUUGGGUCUCUCCUACUUUGAUGUCGUCCACGUCCAUGGACUACUAUUGGACCGCUCAGAGCCGACCUAAAAGAGAGCCUUCACUGACGGAUAAACAGAUUGAGGAGGCCCACAAUUGCAAAUGCGUCAAGUAUCAUCAGUGCGACGAGGAUAACUAUAUUAUUAAGAACGGACAAGGACUUAUUGAUGUAAGAUCCCCUUUUAAAAUACAUCCGUAUGUAUGUUCAGAAGAAGAUGGCCAAACUAGAUAUUGUUGCUUUGAUGCCCCGUCAAUUCCAUCAGAUCCCAGCACAAUCUCUACGUUUCCAAAAUGCGGUCAGAAACUGUAUCAUUCCGGGCAAGACUUAAGUGUAGCGCGGCACAGCGAAUAUCCAUGGAUGGCUGCGAUUUUUGUAAAGUAUCAUUUCGUUUGCACUGGAGCUUUAAUACACCCUUCAGUUGUACUUACUGCUGCGCAUUAUAUCCACAGAGUGAAAAACAAAACUGGACUUAGAGUUUUGGCUGGUGCUUCGGUCGAUGUGAUCAACACAAUGAAUGAGGAGAGAAGAGUAAUUCAGUUUAUAGAACACCCCCUAUUCGUAGCAGAUGGUAACCUCUUUUACGACAUAUCAAUACUGAUAUUGGAGAAACCUUAUCCAAUAAGCGAAACACUGAAUUAUUUAUGUCUGCCCCAACCUAAUAUGUUUUACACCGGCGACAAAUGCGUGUCAUCUGGUUGGAGUAGACAUGAACCGUCAAAUCUGAACAAGAUCGAACUGCCUUACAUAGAACACGACCAAUGCCAACACAUGCUUAGGACCUACACGGAUAUUGGCUACAAAUUCGUCCUGCACAAAACCUUUAUAUGUGCGGGUGGCGAAGAGGGCAAAGACGUGUGUAAGGGUUACGGUGGCAGCCCUUUAAUGUGUGAAAGAGACGGGCUGUACUAUUUCGUUGGAAUUGUGUCGUGGGGCAAGGGUUGUGGAGGCGCCAAUGUCCCAGGCGUUUAUACAAACGUUGCCGUGUUCAAGGAGUGGAUUUUCGGAGAACUGGCCAAGAGGUCGAUAUUUGUUUUUUAAUAUUGUGAUAUAUUUAGGUAGUACUUGACAUGUUACAUUUUGUGUUAUACAUGAGUAUUUAAUUGUAGAUUAGGAUUAGAUAAUUCGAAUUAUGGGUUUUUAUAAAAUCUUCACAAACUUUAAUUUAUUUGCCUGACACAUAUAAGUAUAAAUCGACAAUAAAAAUGAGUUUGAUUGAUAUAUUUAACAUGUAUGAAUCAAAUCCCAUAUUUUUAUAUGCAGAUUUCGACAAUUAACUUAAUGAACUGUAAGUAGAAUAUUUAAAUUUGUGGAAAAUAAAUAUUUUACCAAAUGUU